AGCGUUCUAUCCGCUCGCUCCUUGCACCCUCCGCGAGCCGGGGCACUUGACGGUGCUCCCUGCACAGCCAUGGCUCAGCACUUCUCCCUGGUCAACUGCGACGUGGUCGGCUUCGACCUGGACCACACUCUGUGUCGCUACAACCUGCCCGAGAGCGCCGCGCUCAUUUAUAAUAGCUUUGCUCAGUUUCUGGUCAAGGAGAGAGGGUAUGACAAGGAAUUGCUCACUGUUGCUCCAGAGGAUUGGGAUUUCUGUUGCAAGGGCUUGGCAUUGGAUCUGGAAGGUGGGAACUUCAUUAAACUUGCAGAUAAUGGCACUGUGCUCAGGGCAAGCCAUGGCACCAAGAUGAUGGCUCCAGAGGCACUGGCAGAGGAGUAUGGUGGGAAGGAGUGGAAGCACUUCACGCCGGACACUGGAUGGUCGUGCCGAUCAGGAAAAUGUUAUUUUUAUGAUAACUACUUUGACCUGCCAGGAGCUCUUCUAUGUGCCAGAGUGGUGGACUCUUUAACAAAGAACAAUGGUCAAAAAACAUUUGAUUUUUGGAAGGAUAUAGCUGCUGGUAUACAACACAAUUAUAGAAUGUCAGCUUUUAAGGAAAAUUGUGGAAUAUAUUUUCCAGAAGUAAAAAGAGAUCCAGGCAGAUAUUUACACAGUUGUCCUGAAUCUGUAAAAAAGUGGCUUCGACGGCUAAAGAAUGCUGGGAAAAUUCUUUUGUUAAUUACCAGUUCUCACAGUGAUUACUGUAGACUUCUCUGCGAACAUAUCCUUGGGAAUGAUUUUGCAGAUCUUUUUGACAUUGUGAUUACAAAUGCAUUGAAGCCUGGUUUCUUCUCCCAGUCACCAAGUCAGAGGCCUUUCCGGACACUGGAGAAUGACGAGGAGCAGGAGGCACUGCCAUCUCUGGAUAAGCCUGGCUGGUACUCCCAAGGGAACGCUGUCCACCUUAAUGAACUUCUGAAGAAAAUGACUGGCAAACCUGAACCCAAGGUGGUUUAUUUUGGUGACAGCAUGCAUUCAGAUAUUUUCCCAGCCCGACAUUAUAGUAACUGGGAGACAGUCCUCAUCCUGGAAGAGCUCAGAGCUGACAGAGAUGGGAAGCCUGACGAAUCAGAGCCUCUAGAGAAGAAAGGAAAAUAUGAGGGACCAAAGGCAAAGCCUCUAAAUACAUUAUCUAAGAAAUGGGGCUCUUUUUUAAUUGAUUCAAUUUCCGGACUGGAAAAUACAGAAGACUCCUUGGUUUACACAUGGACUUGUAAGAGAAUCAGUACUUACAGCACUAUUGCAAUUCCAAGUAUUGAAACAAUAGCAGAAUUACCCCUGGACUACAAAUUUACCAGGUUCUCUUCAAACAGUUCAAAAACGGCUGGCUACUAUCCAAACCCUCCAUUGGUAUUAUCAAAUAAUGAGACACGGACAACCAAAUAAAUUAUCUUUACUGAAAAAUGCAGUGAAGAACCAUAUAUGCAGCAAAUGUACUGUAAAAAUGUUAAUUUUCAAAAAAUACUGUAAAAUGCUUUAUAGGGACAAAUUCUUAAUGAAAAUUGACCAAAAAGUUGAUAUGUUUUUCCAUAGGUCUCCUUUCCAUAUUGAUCAUCUUGAUGCCCAACAACUCUCAUAAUAUUAAAAUCGCAGUAUCUUAGAACUAAAGAGAACCUUAUUCAUAUCUUCUAUACCAAUAGUUCUGAGAUUAGAAUUCGUCUGGGGAGAUAUACUUAUAUACAUACACACACACAUUUACACAUAUGCCUAGACAGUGGUUCUCAAAGUGUGAUCCCCAAACCACUACCAUAGCCAUCACCUGAAAACUUG